UCGCAUUUUGCCGAAGGGCUCUUUAUAUGACCUCGACCAGGUGCAUAUCCCUGGCGCGUAUCUCCACUUCAUUCCACUGUCACGCCUCUCUCUGAGGGUUAGCUACGAGCGCCAGAUAUUCUGAAUAUCGCCAAUCUUCCAAUUACAACGACGAGUCGGCGAGCUCGCCUUUACUCGAUCUCCGUAUCACCCGCCAGGUUUCAUCUAGAUUGACCUUUAACCUGCAUAGUACAGAUUGUGCGCUCUUUUGACAAAUGGAUCGCUACGCAAAAAUAGAGAAAGUUGGAGAAGGCACAUAUGGAGUUGUUUAUAAAGCGCGGGACGUUACAACGAAUCAGAUUGUAGCCCUUAAGAAAAUUCGACUCGAAGCAGAGGAUGAAGGAGUCCCGAGCACUGCCAUCCGAGAAAUCAGUCUGCUGAAGGAACUCAAGGAUGACAAUAUCGUUAGACUGCUUGAUAUCGUGCACGCCGAACAGAAGCUUUAUCUCGUAUUUGAAUUCUUGGAUGUUGACUUGAAGCGCUAUAUGGAGAACGCCAACACAUCCGGUACGCCCAUUCCCAUCGGCAUAGUCAAGCGAUUUACUCACCAGCUCAAUGCUGGCCUUUUGUACUGUCAUUCGCACAGAAUCUUACAUCGCGACCUGAAGCCUCAAAAUCUACUUAUUGACAAGAAGAACAAUCUCAAACUCGCAGAUUUUGGUCUCGCGAGAGCUUUUGGCAUUCCAAUGAGGACAUACACCCACGAGGUGGUAACGUUGUGGUACCGCGCUCCUGAAGUAUUGCUUGGUUCUCGGCACUACUCGACAGCUAUUGACAUGUGGUCCGUUGGGUGCAUCUUUGCUGAGAUGGUGAUGCGUGGGAGUCCUCUGUUUCCUGGCGACUCUGAGAUUGACCAGAUCUUCAAGAUCUUCAGGAUCCUCGGCACUCCAAGCGAAGAGACUUGGCCAGGCGUGACUCAAUUGCCUGAUUACAAGGAUACAUUCCCUCGAUGGUCGAAGCAGGAACUCAAGAGUGUCGUACCUAAUCUUGAUGAACAAGGUUUGGACCUGCUCGCGCACACUUUGACGUAUGACACGGCAAAACGGAUUUCUGCAAAACGUGCUCUCAACCACCCUUACUUCGCGCACUACACACCGUCAUGACAAGUUCUUCGCAUCUGAGUAGAUCGCAUACAUAAUUGAUAUAUUCCACUUCCUUGUCACCUUUCAGGUUGUCGUCCACCCUUGUCUCCAUAUUUCGUAUCACAGUAAGAGUAGCCUAAAAUACGUCGAAUGUGAUAGUAUGUGCAUCGUUCGGAAG